AUGGUGGGUCCCGGCGCUCCCAAUAGAGUGACCCGCUCCGUGUCCGGACAUCCUCAGAGGCUGCGAAGCUCCACCACAGAAGCAGCAUCGACGGCCGUGAGGAAGCCGGCGGCCUCGCUGGCCUCACCGAGCCGGAAAAGAAAAGCCAGCCUCACGGACGAUGUAUCGCAACCAGACAGCUCUGACCAGGUAAAGAAGCCAAAGACUGCUGCUGCCACCGCCAAAAAAGAGAAGCGACUGCGUCGAUACCGACCCACAGCACCCCAAAGCUUCCAUGAAGUCUAUCAUCGUGCCAUGACCCAGAGGUUUUACGUCCUUGACCGAUAUCGUUGUGGCACUACAGAGAUCCCUGAGGAGAAGGUCCAGCUGACGGGCUCUACCGGCAAUGUUUAUACUGUUCAUAUCUGCCAGACUCCGUCUUGCACCUGCCCACACUGGCUAAAGGGCCAUCAAUGCAAGCAUUGGCUCUAUGUCAUGUCGCGAGUCCUCCGCGCCAAGUACGAGCUCACGUACCAACUGGCCCUUGUUCCCGGUGAACUCAGGGACAUCUUUGCGAACGCCCCGCCCAUUGAUGCCUCGUCAGAGGGGUCCCAAGACAAGAAUCGCAAACCUGUAGAGGGCGAUUGCCCCAUCUGCUUCUCGGCGUUCGAGACCGGGAGCAACGAAACCAUUGUGUGGUGUCGCGCAGCAUGCGGUCAGAACAUGCACAAGGACUGUUUCGAGACGUGGGCUGCUACAAAACGUCGCGGUUCCGGGGCAGGUGACGUCACUUGUCCCUUCUGCCGGAGCAUCUGGCAAGGCGACGAUGAUAUGGUGAAGAGGAUCAAGGGGGGAGGCAAAAUCACCCACGAAGGCUACGUCAACGUCGCCGAUCAGCUGGGUAUCAGUACUCAGAGGGACUAUAGCACCUACUCAAGGUGGUGGAGAAGGAAUUAUUGA